AGGAAUGGUGUGUCAUUGAUGACUGCGCUAAAAUAUUUUGUAUUAGAAUUAGUGAUGAUAUUGAUGACCCUAAGUGGACACUUUGCUUGCAGACUUGAGUUUCACUUCCUCUCAUUAUCCUGUCCAGAGGAUCUAAACCUAGAAGACAGCAGACAUUUAAGAGGAAGAAUAGGUGAUGCUACCGAAUGAAUAUCCAGGUACUGCUCCACCUGUUUAUCAACUGAAUGCUCCAUGGCUUAAAGGGCAAGAACGUGCAGAUUUAUCUAAUAGCCUUGAGGAAAUAUAUAUUAAGUCGUGUUAAAUACUGGAGAAGAAGGAAGCAUCCGUCAAUGAUGGGCAGAAGUGCUGUUGUAUAUUCUUCUGCAGGAGGCCAUAAGGAGAGACAGAACAUUGGUGAAAGUAUUCUUUACCUGUGGGUGGAGAAAAUAAGAGAUGUUCUAAUACAAAAAUCUCAGAUGACAGAACCAGGUCCAGAGGUAAAGAAGAAAACUGAAGAGGAAGAUGUUGAAUGUGAAGAUGAUAUCCUUUUAACCUGCCAACCAGAAAACCCAGUGAGAGCAUUGGAUUUCGAUGUCAGUGAAAAUCAAACAGAAAUAGAAGAAUUACCUCCGAUUGAUCAUGGCAUUCCUAUUACAGACCGAAGAAGUACUUUUCAGGCACAUUUGGCUCCAGUAGUUUGUCCCAAACAGGUGAAAAUGGUUCUUGCCAAAUUGUAUGAGAAUAAGAAAAUAGCUAGUGCCACCCACAACAUCUAUGCUUACCGAAUAUAUUGUGAGGAUAAACAGACCUUCUUACAGGACUGUGAGGAUGAUGGGGAAACAGCAGCUGGCGGGCGUCUUCUCCAUCUCAUGGAGAUUUUGAAUGUGAGAAAUGUCCUGGUGGUAGUAUCACGCUGGUAUGGAGGGAUUCUGCUAGGACCAGAUCGCUUUAAACAUAUCAACAACUGUGCCCGAAACAUACUAGUGGAGAAGAACUACACAAAUUCACCGGAGGAAUCAUCUAAGGCUUUGGGAAAGAACAAAAAAGUAAGAAAGGACAAGAAGAGGAGUGAACAUUAAUACCUGAGACUAUAUGAAAGGUUAAUUUGCCUAUAAUUAUAUACAAAUUCCACACUCAUCAAAGAGUAUAUUGUGCAGAGAGGGGCCCUGGACCGCUCAAGUCAGCCAGUUCAUCAUGGACACCAACAUUAUCUUUUCUUUUUUGAUUAUAUCAUCUGCCAAAAAUAGAGAACUUGUGAUAUAUUCAUGUGUGUUUCAGGCUGAUUCAGAAGACUUAAUUUGAACUUAAUCACCACUUCACCUAAUUUUAGGAAGGUAAUAGUUGCCCAGAGCAGUACCUGAAUUAACUGUCCAUUUCAGUACAUGUCAAGUGCCUUUGUUAGGUGGGGAAGAGAUGUCCCUGGAGGAAUAUAAAUACCUGAUUGCUUGUCAUCGGGAUUCUCGUUUUGUUAAAUGAAUAUUGCCUUUUACUGCUCUUUAUGGCUUAUUGGAAUAGGAGCUCACUGAAGAUUGAUCUUGUAGAGUUUCUUCUUGUAAUGUUAGUUCAUAAGUAUGUCACUUUUCAUUUUAUAGUGUUCAUCAUUGAGUAAGGGAUGAAGUUAAAAUUCAGGUGUAUCCAUCUGCAGCUUUGUGCUGAAGUAAUUCAUCUAACAUAUUUGUUAGUAUAAGUGUUUUGCCUCAAUUUCUGUUGCAGAUUGGUGAUUGUGAAAUUUCAAAAAGUGAUUUCCUAGCCUUUAUCUUUUUUGUUUAAUUCUUGUAAUGUGAAGCAAUACAUGUGGAGUGUCAGUAGUCUCCUCUUGCCCCUGAAAUGUAUUGGUGUCAUAUUCUUGUUUCUGUAAACAACCUGGAAGUACCUUUCUUGUGAUCUCCAUUGAGGAAUUAGAGCUGUGCUAGAACCUAUGCUGUGGUUAAAUGGGUGAGAGGUGGCAGCACCCAGGUGCAGGGCAAGCGUGUGUGUGUGUGUGUGUGUGGUGUGUUUGUCCUUAUAGAAGUGGGAUGUACCUUCCCAUCUGCACUCCAGCUGUGACUUUGUGGAAAGAAGGAACCAACCUGAGUGGCCAAACAAAGACAGUUCCUCUUCUUCCUCAUGAUUAUCAGUUCUUCCUUUUCAUCAGUGUUUUCUGUUCCUUCUUUCAUCUGCAAGUUGUGUGAUUUACCCCAAGGCAUCCAGACAAUAUAUUUACCUUUGAGAUAUAACAAGUCAUUAAUUGUUCCCUCUUAGAAAGGAUCACAAACAGUUAUUAAAAGUUACAGAUUUACCUGAGAUUCCCUUCCAAAGAGAGGGAGCAGAAAUUAGGAGCCAAUUUGUGAUGGUGCUUGAGCCUGGAAAGCAUCAGACAGAAGUGGACACAAAUAUUUUUUUUCUCUAUUCUCUGAUGUUUUACCUUCAAAAAUAAAAUCAACUUGGUAUUUUUAAUAAGAAUCUAGUAAAUAGCUUUACACUAGGAUGGAUUCUGAGAAAUAAAAUCUAAAUUAUAUUUAUUGUAAGUGUGUUUAAUGUUGCCAGUUAUCAAGUGUCAUCAGAGGAUGAUAUAUAUGUAUUUAGAACACAUCAGAGCCCAUGAAAAAUUAAGUA